ACCCGAAAAAUCAAGUGACGGCGUCACAAAUUCCCCAUAGCUGAAGCGGGUUGCUCCGUCUUCAAUCAAAUCUCUGUCUCUGUAAUUCAGUUCCUUCCAAAAUCAAAUUGCUUCUUCUCUCAUUGAUAAAACGAAGGUCAAGGUUUUCCAAAUUUCUCCCCCUUCCCUCUUUCUCCAUGUCUCUCUAGAAUUUCAAAUUCCGGAGUGGUAGGUUGCUCCCCAUUUUUUCCUUACCCGUUAGGGUUCAAGUGAGAGUUGGGAGUUGGGAUUUAGGGUUUCUAGUAAUUAGCAAUAAGGAAGAUGUAUGCUGAUCGAGAGGAAGCUGAUAACAAGUUAUCCGCAAAGGACCGCCUCAAUGGCAGCUUCAGUUAUGACUCUGGUCGCCAUAGACAAAUAGCCGGAAAGAGGCAGAGACAAGAUGACAAGUGGGAGCAUGAUCUAUACGAGGAUGAUCCUCAAGUUUCAAGUCGGAAAGUUGAUGCUCGAGACCUUCGAUUGAAGCUCCAAAGGAAAGUUUUCAAAAAUAGUGGAACUCGAUCCUUUUCAGGUGUAAGGGACCUACGUGAAAAGCUAUCUGGUACUAUGAAUCCACAACCAAUGAACACUGAUCCACUAAAACCAAAAGUGGAGGCUGCCAAACCAGCCAGGAGAAGUAUUGCUGUUGGCACCCCUGCAGCAGAGAGUAAAAAAGUUGCCAACCCAGCUCCUAGAAAGAAGGCUUCACAGAAGGCUGGUCCAUCAGUGGAUGAAUUUUUGACAUCCUUGGAUCUUGAAAAAUACUCCAUCACAUUUCAGGCAGAGGAAGUUGAUAUGACAGCUCUUGUGCACAUGACUGAUGAGGACCUCAAGGCUCUAGGAAUACCGAUGGGCCCAAGGAAGAAGAUACUUUUGGCAUUGGAAUCAAGAGUAUGACGUUUGAGGGUGGAGCCAUUUCAUCGCCUUAUUUCAUCAUGUUAGUAUGAUGUAGCAGGUUUUAUUUUGAUUGGUAUCAACCUACCUGCAUGUAACUUUAUUUUACCCCUCUUACAUUUUUUUUUCCCUUUCUUUCUAGUGCGCAUCGCUGUAAGUGGCUUUCAACGUGCUCGUUAUUGAUAUAAACAUUGUGAAUUUGUUAGCUUGGAACAGCUGAAGUUUAAAUUUUAAGGAUUUACUGUCUUUUCUCCCAAAA